CAGUAGAUCUUCAUGGAGGAGCACGGAGUGACCCAAACUGAACACAUGGCUACCAUAGAAGCCCAUGCAGUGGCCCAGCAAGUCCAGCAGGUCCAUGUAGCCACGUACACUGAGCACAGUAUGCUAAGUGCUGAUGAAGACUCCCCUUCCUCCCCCGAGGACACUUCUUAUGAUGACUCGGACAUCCUCAACUCCACGGCAGCUGAUGAGGUAACUGCCCAUCUGGCUGCUGCAGGUCCUGUGGGAAUGGCCGCUGCUGCUGCUGUGGCAACAGGGAAGAAACGGAAACGGCCUCAUGUGUUUGAGUCUAAUCCAUCUAUCCGAAAGAGACAGCAGACGCGUUUGCUUCGGAAACUCAGAGCCACGCUGGAUGAGUACACGACGCGAGUGGGACAGCAAGCAAUCGUGCUCUGCAUCUCGCCCUCCAAACCCAAUCCCGUCUUCAAGGUGUUCGGUGCAGCACCCUUGGAGAACGUGGUGCGAAAGUACAAGAGCAUGAUCCUGGAAGACCUAGAGUCUGCUCUGGCAGAACACGCCCCUGCGCCACAGGAGGUUAAUUCAGAACUGCCACCUCUCACCAUCGAUGGGAUUCCUGUCUCUGUGGACAAAAUGACCCAGGCUCAGCUUCGGGCAUUUAUCCCAGAGAUGCUCAAGUAUUCCACAGGUCGGGGGAAACCAGGCUGGGGGAAAGAAAGCUGCAAGCCUAUCUGGUGGCCAGAAGACAUCCCAUGGGCCAAUGUCCGCAGUGAUGUCCGCACAGAAGAGCAAAAGCAAAGGGUUUCAUGGACCCAGGCAUUACGGACCAUAGUUAAAAAUUGUUAUAAGCAACAUGGGCGGGAGGAUCUUUUAUAUGCUUUUGAAGAUCAGCAAACACAAACUCAGGCCACCACCACACACAGUAUAGCUCAUCUCGUACCAUCACAGACGGUAGUACAGACCUUCAGCAACCCUGAUGGCACCGUGUCGCUCAUCCAGGUUGGUACAGGGGCAACAGUAGCCACAUUGGCUGAUGCUUCAGAACUGCCCACCACAGUCACUGUUGCCCAAGUGAAUUACUCUGCUGUGGCGGAUGGAGAGGUGGAACAAAAUUGGGCCACGUUACAGGGCGGUGAAAUGACCAUCCAGACGACGCAAGCAUCAGAGGCCACCCAGGCGGUAGCAUCACUGGCAGAAGCCGCAGUAGCAGCUUCUCAGGAGAUGCAACAGGGAGCCACUGUCACCAUGGCCCUCAACAGCGAAGCUGCCGCCCAUGCUGUCGCCACUCUGGCUGAAGCCACCUUACAAGGCGGGGGACAGAUAGUCCUGUCUGGGGAAACCGCAGCAGCCGUUGGAGCACUUACUGGAGUCCAAGAUGCUAAUGGCCUGGUCCAGAUCCCUGUGAGCAUGUACCAGACUGUGGUAACCAGCCUCGCCCAGGGCAACGGGCCGGUGCAGGUGGCCAUGGCGCCAGUGACCACCAGGAUAUCGGACAGCGCAGUCACCAUGGAUGGCCAGGCUGUGGAGGUGGUGACGUUGGAACAGUAGCAUGGAGCUCUAUCAUGGCAUCAUUUUCUAGUCUACUUCAGAAUUUUUUACAUGUUUGCAGAGGUGCAAUCAAAUGGAAUUAAGUCUCUCGACUUGGAAAGAAAGUUUUGGUAACCUUUUUUUAAGAAGGAAGAAGGCAGCAGAUUUUGGAAUCACAUUUUUUUAAAGCACCACUUCUGGGAUCUGGUGGAGUGAGAAACGCCACCGAUUUCACUGUCCCAAAAAGCCAAAUUGUGGCCAGACUUUGUGCAGAAAUGUGUGUAUACUUACGUGUGUGUACGUGUGAGUGUGAAUAUAUGUAUAUGUGUACAUAUGGACAUACACAUUUACAUAUAUGUAUAAAGUAUAUAUGUACAUACAUAUAUAUGUAUGAAACCCGCAUGGAAUUGCCUGUAUGAAAUCAAGGUGAACUGUGGGAACAAGAACCCGCCCAGUUUAGUGGGUGGUAGGGUACACGACCAGACACAGUCACCUGGUUUUCGUUCAUACCAGGGUCAUGCAUUGAGCUACUGACAGACUCAGGCGGAGGGGACCACGUCCUUCACCAAAGCUGCCUCCCAGUGGCUGCCUAGACCUCUGCUACAUUCACCGAAGGAAGGAAGACCCAGGACACAGCGUGGUCCAGAGAGUGCUUAUGAAGUCCAGGGACCCGCGCUUCGCCAGCAGAGACUCUUCAGCUGGCUCAGGUGCUGACCUUGCCACAGGCAGGUAAAUGCCCUGCAGGCUCCUGGCAGGGACAAGAAAUCGUUCCUCAACCUCCAUCUUCUCCCUUCCCAGGAACCCUCAGUCUCAUGUCUAUUCAAGAGUUGCUUGGUUGUAAGGUCAGUCCUGUUACAAACUGAAGGUGACAGAAGUGUUAAGGGUCUAAGGAGUGUUCAUGGAGCAAGCGGGUGUAAGUGCAGGGUGUGUGUGUGUGUGUGUGUGUGUGUGAUGGAGAAAAUGGAAAGAUUAUAGGAGAGCAAAAAAGGAAGGAGGGAGAAAACUCUUCAUAAAUCAGGGUGCACCGUGGGAACCGUGUUCUCCAGCUGUCUGCAGCUGUAUUUCAGCAGAGACUGCCUCACGCAAGACCUCUGCGCGAAGGCUGGCCGUCAUAGAUGUGUCAGAAGACUCUGUGAGGACUUUCCCCAGGCACAUCCUGGCGGCACGGGCCUGGGACAGCUUUCCUGCUCACAGUGUGGCUUGCACUGAGCAGUUGUCACUGUGAGCUUCUGUGCUUUCUAGCCACAAGCCCUGAGUCGCCCGUGGCUCACUCAUCUGAUGUCUUGACAAGCCAAAUGUCCGCUCCUGGCGUGCAGGAACUCUUCCUCCUUCCUGCCAGUCCUCUCCCGUGCGUGAUAGUGUAUUUAAUGUGGUGGUUUUGGUUUUUUUGUUUUUUAAUGAGACAUUAAAAGAUUCUUCAUGUCUUGCUCAGCCUUUGAGAAAAGUUUCCAAUUCUUAUAUUUGCUUGUUUUAUAUAAAACUAUACAAUGUUCUUUGUAUGUUCUUUUCUGUACGUAAUAAGGGUGGAGCGGGAAAUUUACAUAUAAAUGUCCUGGUUCUACAAUUUGUUACUUUUUUUCUUUUUUAAACUGUGAAGCUGUCCGGGGCUUUAAGGUCCCUGUUCCUUUGUGGUGAAAUAAACCUCCUGAUAGUUUGAGAAAUUGCCAAGAAGAUAAAAACAA